CCCAUUCACUGCCUCGUCAGCUCCACAGCCCCACCGCUCCACUUCUCUAUUUCUGCGCCUCCCGGAGCGUCACCCAUGGCCUCGCCGUCUUCUGCCUCCCGAACGCCUCCCUCUCCGCGGUCCGCCGCCGCCGACGCGGCCGAGCAAAGUCCUCAAACCGCGCAACUUCAGGACGUUGCCCCGCCCGUCGAAACCCAUGACAGCAAAGAAGGGAUAAAGAUGCUCAUACCAAAAGAAGAACCCUAUGAAAGAAAGCCUGACUUGUUGGAUCCUUUCCUCCUCGAUGAAGACUAUUUCAAGGCGCUUGACGAGAAGCACAUUAGAUAUGAUGCUGAAUUCUCUCGGCAAUUUGAUGGCCAAAUACUUUCUGGAAAGGCCUUUGAUGGAGGUAACCAGACAUUCUAAGAUUUAAUACAAGAU